CGGUAAGCAAAGUGUAAGCAACUGCCACGUUGACAAGCUAAAUUACUGCUUUCUUCCGCUUGAUCUAUGCAACACAUGUCUCGUUUCAAGCUCGUCUUUUUCGCCCCAGUGCGUGACACGUCUAGGAUCCUGAACCACCUCUUUUCGAAGUAUCCCCAGACCGUAGGGAAAAUAGGGCAAUAUGAGAGCUGCGCGUUCCUCUCGCGCGGUACGGGCCAGUUCCGCCCAGGGCCUGAGGCCAACCCUGCGAUUGGCAAGCGGGGCGAACUCGAGUUUGUCGAAGAGAAUCGGGUAGAGGUCAUUGUGAACGAUAAGGGUGAGAAUGAAGAGAUACGGGGUGCAAUAAAGGAGCUGAAAGCUGUAAGUAGCUAUACAACGCUGGUUAACUUGGGUCCGUCAAUGUCGAUUCCCAUGGUCAGGUUCAUCCGUACGAAGAAGUCGCAUAUGAUGUUUACCGCCUUGCAAACUUGUAAAACAUGCCUAUACCGUCUAUGCACAAACUCUCGUCUUGCGUGGAGCGAUAGCUACCCGGUUCGUACUGGAGCGAGGUAGCCAUUUCGACGUUGAUUGCAGGUCACAUCAGGCGCGGCCGGUCUUGUCAACUAUUGAACUGGGGUAUCUGAUGAGCCAUAUUUCUUCAUGCAGUUCGAGAACAGUGCUGCCUCUCGUCUUCUUUAUCUGACAGAUGCGGAGUAAUACGCAAGACAAGAGUGGUAUCAAUGUGCACUACGUGAGCAU